AUCCUCGCUGUGGCCAAAAGAGGAGAGCGAAGAAGCUCGCGCGGUUACCCGUCCAUCCGAGCUGUUCCGCCCGCCCCCUGUUCGUUCGCUUGGGUUUUUUGGUUUUUGUUCGCUGUUCGGACGCAGCCGCCGCCGUCAUGGCCAUCGCGAAGCCGCUGCUCCUGUUGUUGGUGGGCGCGACGUCGUGCGCGCUGUGCGCGGACGCCGAGAUCUCCUUCGAGUACCACCGCUACGACGAGCUGCGGAAGGCGCUGGUGUCCGUGUGGCUGCAGUGUCCCACCAUCGCGCGCAUCUACACCAUCGGGGAGAGCUUCGAGGGCCGCGAGCUGCUCGUCCUGGAGAUGUCCGACAACCCCGGCGCGCACGAACCGGGCGAGCCCGAGUUCAAGUACGUCGCCAACAUGCACGGCAACGAGGCGGUGGGCCGGGAACUUUUGGUCUACCUGGCGCAGUACCUGUGCAACCAGUACCAGCAGGGCAACGAGACCGUCGUAGACCUGAUCCACGGCGCGCGCAUCCACCUCAUGCCCUCCAUGAACCCGGACGGAUUCGAGAAAGCCGCCUCGCAGUCCGGCGAGAUCAAGGACUGGUUCGUGGGCCGGACCAACGCUCAGGGGGCGGACCUGAACCGCAACUUCCCCGACCUGGACAGAAUCGUCUACGUCAACGAGCGAGAGGGAGGAGCAAACAACCAUCUGCUGCAAAACAUGAAAAAGUCUGUGGAUGAAAACAGCAAGUUGGCUCCAGAGACCAAGGCGGUGAUCCACUGGAUCAUGGACAUCCCCUUCGUCCUCUCUGCUAACCUGCAUGGCGGAGAUGUGGUGGCCAACUAUCCCUACGACGAAACCCGCAGCGGCUCGGCCCACGAGUACAGCGCCAGCCCCGACGACCUCAUCUUCAAGUCGCUGGCCAAAGCCUACUCCGUCCACAACCCCGUCAUGUCCGAGCCGCGGCGGGCGCCCUGCCGCAAGAACGACGACGACUCCAGCUUCAAGGACGGCAUCACCAACGGGGGAGCGUGGUACAGCGUGCCGGGGGGAAUGCAGGACUUCAACUACCUGAGCAGCAACUGCUUCGAGAUCACGCUGGAACUGAGCUGUGACAAAUUCCCUGCCGAGGACUUGCUCAAGAGCUACUGGGAGCAGAACCGCAACUCGCUGGUCAGCUACAUCGAGCAGGUUCAUCGCGGCGUGAAGGGCUUCGUGCGAGACCUGCAGGGCAAUGCCAUCAGCAAUGCCACCAUCUCUGUGGAGGGCAUCGAGCACGACAUCACCACAGCCAAAGAUGGCGACUACUGGCGCCUGCUGACCCCUGGUAACUACAAAGUGGCGGCGUCGGCUCCAGGAUACUUGAGCGUCAUCAAGAAGGUGGCAGUUCCGCACAGCCCCGCCACCAGGGUGGACUUUGAGCUGGAGUCUCUGAUGGAGCGCAAGGAGGAGGAAAGGGAGGAGUUGAUGGACUGGUGGAAGAUGAUGUCGGAGACGCUCAACUUCUAAACGGAGACGACGACGACGCCUAAACACCCAACGCUCGCUCGACACGUCUUCAUUCCUUUUCUGUUGUUCCUUCGUGUUUCAAUAUCCUACACGCACACCAAGGCGGAGGAAUUUUUUUGAUGUUGUCAUUUUGUUGUUUAUUGUGAGUGGUAACCAUGGCAACCAUCCCUAUAACCAAUGAGAGCUGCAGACACACGCACAUAAAAUUCAAUUCAAUAUCAAUAGGACGGACGAUGAAGAAAAAAAAGCACUAUCAUCAUUAUCAAUGAUUGCAGCACAGCUUGGCUUUGAGCACAGAAUGAGUUUGUAUUAUUCUUAAUAAUAAUAAUUAGAUAUAUAUAUAUAGGACUGUAUUUAUCGACUUAAGUAUAUAGCGAGAAAUAUUUAUGUGUGUGUUUGUAACACUUAAAAAGCAAACCCAAAGCCAUUCCUUUGUCAGCUUCCUUUGAAAGCUCGUUUCGUUCCGUUUGAACGUGCUCGACCCUAAAUUGAAUGGAUGCAAAAUACUGUAUAUCACACUGUACACGUGUGGAAGAAAUUGAUGAAUGUAUAGCUGUUGAAAAUGGACUUGUAUACAGGACAGUAUAAAUAAGAAUGGAACUGAUUCAACAAUAAAACAAUGUUUGUGUUGUCACAA